AUGUCCGUGAAACUCCUGAAAGAACUGUUUACGCGGUGUACACAAAAUGUUCAAUUCCUCUGCAAUGGCUGGUUCUACAGACAGAUAGACCACGUGGCGAUGGGCUCACCACUUGACCCUUUUCUCGCAAAUGUCUUUAUUGGCAAGAUUGAGAAAACGAGUCUAAGGGAGACCAUCAAUGAUCUCGAAUUUUACUGUCGAUGCACGGAUGACAUCUUUUGCGAGACAGACCAUAACACUGACGUCGACGUCGUGGUCAGGAAGUUUAACAGCGCGCAUCCAUCACUGAAGGUUUCUGCAGAGGCUAAGGUGUGGGCGGUCACUUGCGAUAAGGCAUGGCAGCGCAUGCCAUAUAUCAAGGAUGUGUCGGAAGCGACCAAACGCAUUGCCGCCGGAAUAGGCGUUGGAAUCGCACAUCAUCCCAAGGCUACAGUGCGCAGCCGGGUCAUGAGGAUCAAGGAUCGACUAAAUCCCAGUGAGCAGUCGAGUGUAGUGCAUCGCAUACCAUGUUUAUACUGUCCUGUAAAUUACACGGGACGGACUGGACGCAUGCUAGGUUCGCGCAUACACGAACACAAGUCGGCUGUUCGACAGGGUGAUGCAUUAUCGCAAGUUUGCAUCGGGGAGGAUAAAUCGGAAUGGGUUGACGUAGUUAGUGAGGUUCCUCAAGGCUCCGUUCUCGGUCCUCUA